AUGAUCAACGCCGUGCUCGUCUUCAAUAACAAUGGCCAGCCCCGGCUGACCAAGUUCUACACCCAACUCGACACCCAAACACAGCAAUCACUGAUCUCGCAAAUAUACCAACUCGUCGCACAGCGCCCAUCAAGCGCAUGCAACUUCCUUCCUCUUCCACCGAUCCUCUCCCAAGGCGCCGCCAGCUCCUCCGCCGGCCCCUCCGAUGCGCCAACGCAGAUCACCUACCGCACCUACGCAACGCUCUCCUUCAUCAUGAUCUCCACAUCUACAGAGUCACCACUUGCGCUCAUCGAUUUGAUCCAGGUGUUCGUGGAGGCAUUGGAUCGCAUGUUCGAAAACGUGUGCGAGCUGGACUUGAUCUUUGGCUAUGAGACGAUGCAUGCCGUGCUGAGCGAGAUGAUUGUUGGCGGUGUCGUGAUCGAGACCAAUAUCGACAAGAUUACUGCUGGCGUGCGUACCCAGGAAGGGUCUGCAGGCAAGAAUAAGGCUAUUCAGGCGGCGAGUACAAGUUUGGGUCGUGGAGCGCUGCCUGGGUUGGGGGCGUGGCGGUGA